UGGACCGCCCCCCUCACAUCACAUCACCCCAUGCCAUGCCAUAUCUGAUCUGAUCUGAUCUGAUUCCGUUUCCGUCUGCAUGAUUGGGUAGCGCUAGCGAUGAGUGCCUUCUCAUGUUGGUAUUCUUGAGCCUGAGCGAAAGCAUAGAGUCGGGCGUAGCGCUCUAAAUUGUGAGGUCAUUCAGCUGUGAGGCGUGUGAUUCCUCCACAAAACCUGUAUGGCUGUCGCGCCAUGUUUUAGCAAGCGUUCACCCCGAUAUGGUGAAAGGUGCAGAAACAUGGAAUAUCGAUUUCUUGGGCGUUUCGGGAAGGCGAUCCCCAGGGUAGCCCGAUCUGGAUGAUGAUCAGUCUUCUUGUUUACAAACCGGACCCGGUGACGACUCCGGCGCCGACCUGAGGUGAACAGCGGGAGCCCACCAACUACUUGUUUCAAGGAUGAAGCUGCAGCAGGGAUCGUGCUCAGCGCGCUUGCUGUGAAAGAACGAUCGGUGGGCUCGACGAUGAACGGAGAGUUGUUGAAAUGCUCGCUGGACGAAAGAGUCAAGUGCUACGCUAUGAAGACAUCUUUUCUCCGAGAACAAAAACUACCGCCAAUGUGAAUGUUGCUGUUCAUUCCGAGAAUACAGAAUGGCUGCAAGUUGUGAGAAGUAGACACUGUCCGCCUAUGUACGAUUUAGGUUUUUUGUUUCUAAACCGAGAUUCUGAAGAACAAAGACGAACCAACGAAGACGAAGCACCCAUCGCCGUGCGCAGUAUUUCAUUAAGCACUGGGUUUUUAUGCUACACAACGAAAACAGUCAUCAAGCACUUCUACUGGCCUACAGGCCUUUGAAAG